AUGGCAACCGUCAAUUGGAACUCUCUUCCCAGCCUGGCUCUCCACCAGGUAUUCACUCACCUAUCACCCGAAUCCAGAGUGGCCGCUUCGUCGACUUGCAAACACUGGAGGACCGCUCUAUACCAUCCUCAGUUCUGGCACAGUCUGGUGCUGGACAUAUCGUCUGCUGGAACUUCAUACGCUGAAGUCAAGUCCAAAGUGAAGCACGCCAAUAAGAACCUAGUGACGUUGGUACGUGACAUCCACCUUGCAUUUGAUUCCCGUAGCACUCAGUGCUUUGAAUUGGCUUCAUCUGUUGUCAAGGCGUUAAUGGGCAAUCAACUGUUAAGAAACGUUGACAUUGAACUCAAUCACUGUGAGUUGUCGAAGGACGAAAUAUUUCAGUACAGGUGGUCAAUUCAAAACUAUUUUGAGUUUGCUAUUCUCAAUGUCGUGCAGAAAGGAAACAUCGAAGGGUUUAGUUUUGGAUAUUUUAUGUUUUACUAUUGGAAUGCUUUGAUUCAUAUGCUAUCCAAGUAUAGUUGUGAUAGCUUACAACGUUUGGAACUAGCUGGAUUGGGACCAUCAAUUUUUAACGAAGAGAGCAAAACAACAUGUUUUAAUUCUACUUUUGAUAGUAUGUCGUCGCUAAUCAAUUUAAAGAAAUUAAGUUUAGACCUAAAUUCCAAUACGUGCAAAUUGCUUCCAGCAUUGUGUUCAAUGUCUCAAUUGGAAAUCCUUGUUUUACAUGUUCAUAAUGAGUUGGAUAUAGAUAUAAGUGAUGAUAUUUGGGCAGAUAUUAAAAAAUACUGCCCAAAACUUGAACUAAGAUUAACAAUUAUCAACUGUCAUAUUGUUGCUAAGCACCUUCAUACUAAGUUACUUCGUCCAUCAAUGCCAUUAACACAUCUCAAAGUUCUUUUUUGUAAUGUAAUGAAUAUUGAAGUAUUGCAUAAAUUACUGGACUAUAGAAAUACAUUUCAAUCAUUAAUUUGGGUUGACGAACAAUCAAUGAACCCUGCUGGCUUACUUAAAGGACAUUGGCAUCUUGAACCUUCUGCAGAUGGCAUUGAAACUAAUCCACUGAUAAUAUUGUCAUGGGUUUGCAGCAAACUUACAGAACUUGUUGUAUUGGGAUACUUUAUUGAACCAGUGGACGUAUGUGGAAUUGCAAGACUGAGAGGUUCUAACUUGAAAAGGUAUGAAUUACUAGAAGAAGAUAUUUGCUUUCAUCAACCACAAACCGAAAUGAUUUAUGAUGAAGUUAUUUUAGAUGUAUCAAACUGGAUGGAUACAAAUUGGAAACCUUUGAAUAAAAAUAAUUUAUUUGUAAGUCAUUCAAAUUACAUUUUGAAAUGUAUUUCUAAAGAUUUAACAACAAAAUUAGAUAUUAAUUAA